CCUCAUUCUCUUCAGCUAACGAACGGUAGAGUGCCACGUUCAAGGCAACAUAAAUUGCAUCCACAGAGAGAAAGUCUGUCGUCGUUAUUUCGGGUAUAGUGAAAACAAUUCUUUAUUAUAUCUUUCUGUCUCUAUUAUCUAUGUUACCUGCUCUCUGAAGUAUCUAACAAUGCGGACACUUUGCAUUUUUGCUUUGUUUACGGCUUGUUUAGCCUUAACACCGUCGUCGUAUCUUACAACUCUUGAUCUCGCUCGUUUCAAAUCUGUAUUUGAAUCAGCUUUAACCAGCAAAGAUGUUCAAAAUAUCCACUAUUCUCUGGCGGGUUACUUUCUACUAGGAGAAACCCCGGCAAAUCCUGAAGAAAUCUGCAACAGUCUUAAAGCUGAUACAUCGAGCAUUGCUUCCAUGUACCACGUCUCCACCGCUGCGAAACUCCUAAAAGCCUGUAAGGUUAAGAUUGACGUCGGCAAAACUCUUCUCACUAAUGCAAUUAAACCAGAAUCUCCUGUUCUGGAUAUAUUCCAUGCUUUUUAUGCCUUGAAAAACUCUGGAAUUCCAUUUGAUGAAAGUGCUGUACUUGCGGCACUAACCGAAUCUUUGAAAAAGGACGAUUCACCGGCAAGCCAUGGCUACGCCUUCAUAAUGGCCACUGAACUCAGCGCGGAUGUUUCUAAAUUUUACGAUAGCAUCGAAGAUAUAAUUGCACAGGCUGAUGAAGUUGAUGAAAAAUACUUACAGUUCGAAGGGGGACUGUAUGUAACGUCUUUGGUUGUUGAUGGUGCAUAUAAAUUAGCUGAGAAAGUGAGUAAAGCUCCUGCUAUUUCUGAAGAUAAAGUUAUAAAGUUAACCAACUACUUCUUAAGUCGCAAGCAUGUACACCAACUAAAAAGCGCUUGCCAUUUGUUGUGUGUUAUAAAAACUCUGACCGUGAAUUCAUUCCAUGUACCGAUCGCUAUCACCCGUGCCAGUUCAGUUGCUGUGAGUCCGGUAUCUCCCCAGGUUCAAGUUCGUGUUACCAAUUUGAUGGGUGCUGCUAUUGGAAAGCUGGGUGUAACAGCUGAAUCAGCUCGUCAUAUUUCGGAUGAUGCCGUUGUCUUGAGCAAAAAACCAUUUUCUCCUACAAGUGAUAAAGCUUUGUAUGAAUUAAAUUUCCUACAAAACAAACCAACGCGUGGUUUUUACAAAAUCAUAGUCAGCGCCGCACCAACUAAACCAGACAAACGUUUCAUCGGCAUAACUGGAGCCGAGGUUCAAGUGAAAGUGACCACGCAUGUAAGUUUGGAAAACAUUGAAAUUGGAGUUGCAGACAAAGACCAAACAACUGCGACAAGAACAACAAAACUUCAAUAUCCUAACAAGGCUGCUAAUCCUCUCGUAGCAGAUUAUCACCAAAAGAUUCUUAUGAAAUUUCAACUAAAGGAUAAAAGUAAUGGUCAACUAAUGACCGCCCAUCAAGCUUUUGUUAGACUUACCAAUCUCAAGACCAAGCAAGAAAUCAUCUUUGUGACCGAAGCAGAUAAUUCCAUGACCAAUAAAUUUGACUUAGAUGUUGGCAGUGGUGCUAAAGACUUUGGCUCUCUCUCUGGACGUUAUUCCAUGGAACUUAUUAUUGGAGAUGCUGUGAUUGAAAAUCCAUUUUCUUGGUAUUUAGCAGACACAGUUUUAACUUUCCCCGAAGCAACAGCUCCAAGUAAACCAGCAGUAAAUCAAUAUUCUCCAAAACCAACCAUUAACCAUGAAUUUAAACGGCCUGAGAAACGACCACCUAAAUUAGUUUCUUUUAUCUUCACUGCUCUUGUUGUUCUUCCUAUAUUUAUCCUCUUUAUUCUUUGGGGUAAAAUUGGAGUGAAUAUCUCCAACUUCCCCAUGUCUGUAAGUGCUAUUGGCUUUCAUGUAUGCUUGGCCAGUAUCUUUGGUUGUUAUUCUCUUUAUUGGAAAUCCCUUAAUAUGUUCCAAACCUUGAAAUAUGUCGGAUUGCUCUCUAUCCCCACAUUCUUGUUUGGAAAUAGAUUACUUAGCAAUAUAGCUGCCCAGCGGAAAAAAUAACUAAUGGAACUUUUUUUUUAAAUAAGAAACCAUUACAUCAUUUUUCAUUCCAAUUUAAUAAUAAAUAUAAAAUAGUAAAAAAAAAUAAAAAAACACAAAAAAUAGUUUUCUUUCAUCAUUGUUUAAAAAUAUUGGAUGUAGUCUUGUUUGUGAUAUAAUUGUCUCUCUUAAAGAUAAAUUCAAAAAUUGAAAUUUUAAUAAGAUUAUAGUUUUCCAGACUAAUUAACUUCAUAUUUAAUGUGUAUAUUUACAACACACACACACUAUCAAUUUGAUUUUCAGUUGUCAGGUUUUUCCUUUAUUUAUGGUUGUGUUCAUGAUCUCAGAUCAGAUUUGAAUUAGGAACAUCUUAUGUUGAAUGGAGUUCAAAGCCGUGGAAAAAAAUAAUCUUAUUAAUUAACUUACCUCAGAUAUUUAGUCAUUGACUUAAUCUUUUGUUAUAUUUUCUUUAAAAUGCAAGAAAUGUUAGUCUAAGAAUUUGUACAUUAAAAAAAAAAAACAGUAUCUAAAAAAACAAAUUAACUCUGUUCCAAAUCAAAAUAACAUACAAAUCUUACAA